AUGCCUCAGCGCACUUUCCUUUGCCGCCUCAUAUUCUGCGCUAUCUUCUCAGUUUCUAUCAUUAACGUCUUCAACGGGGCCUCCUCCCCCUCAUUUUUCCUUCGCUACUCCAAACCAGCUGCACAUCUGCAGCACGAUGUGGUGUGUCCGCAGUCAGAACUGGCCGACGACGUGCUAGUGGUACUGCGAACGGGCGCAACCGAAUCACGUCAGAAAGUGCCGGUCCACUUCAAAACGACUCUGCGAUGUGUUCCCCACUUUGUUAUCUUAUCGGAUCUGGAUGAGGAAAUCGAAGGCCAUCCUGUGCAUGACGUUUUGGGGGGCCACGGAGGUGUCACAGAGAAGAGGAGGAACGAGCACGAUGAUUUCAAGCUGUACCACCAGCUGCAAAAGCACGGAAGGCAGAAUGUCGACAGCCAGCGGGUCAUCAUGACGGAGUCGGGCUCCAGCAAAGGCGACUACCUGAACACGGGAAACGAAGGCUGGAAGCUCGACAAGUGGAAGUUCCUGCCCAUGAUUGACCGAUCUUUCGAAGAGAUGCCCAACGCGAAGUGGUACGUCUUCUUUGAAGCUGAUACCUUCCUCGGCUGGAACAACCUCCUGGAAUACCUCUCCAACUUCGACGCGAGCAAGCCGUACUACAUCGGCAAGCAUCUCUACAUCAACGACAUUGAAUUCGGAUACGGCGGAGCAGGCUUUGUCUUGUCCAACCCCGCGAUGCGCAAAGUUAUCGAGCAGCGCUCCAUGCGCGUCCGCGACUACGAGGACUUCACGGCGACGCACUGGGUCGGCGACUGCGCGCUCGGCAAGGUCCUCGAAGACGCCAAAGUCCCUCUACACCGCGCGUUCCCUCACUUCCAAGGCGACUCACCAGCGACCUUGGACCCCGCGACCAGCAAAAUCGACCGCAACGCAUGGUGCUUCCCCGUCAUCACGUACCACCACGUCUCACCGGCCGAGAUCUCGGACCUAUGGCACUUUGAGCAGAGCUGGUACAAGAGACACGACAUUUUGCUUCGCCACCGCGAUGUCUUCCGCGAGCUCGUGCGCCGGAGAGUCGGCGCGCAGGUCCCUAACUGGGACAAUAUGUCGAGUGACAAGGAGUACAACGCGCACGACCAUGGGAGCUUGUCCGACCCUCUCGAGAGCAAUGCCUGGAAGAGCUUCAAGCACUGCCACGACGUGUGCGAGAGCAAGAAGGACUGCGUGCAGUUCUCGUACCAGCCGGGCAGCUGCUCGGUCAACUUCUCUUUUCGCUUAGGGUACUCCAAGCCGACGGAGCGGAUCACCUCGGGCUGGAUGACGGACCGCGUCGACGAGCUAUUUGUUAAGCUCGAGGCGAAGUGCGGCAUCAGGGAUUGGUUUAGCCCGGCGGAAGGGUCGCACAUCCACGACCAGCAGCGACGAAGGAGGUGA